AUGACCACGCUCUUGUCCCAAGCCUCCUCUCCCGCGACAUCCCCACCUGCAGCACCUUCGCCCUCCACAAACCCGAAUCACCCCUCACUACCGCCACUAAUAACAUCGCCUCCAAGCCGACGCUCGACAGCCCCGAGACCAAUGUCGCACGCUUCCAAGAAUCGGCUGUCGCAAUACUCGACGGGCUCUGUUCCGUCUCGUUCGCGACCGCAUUCUCAUAUAUUUCCAAUGUUUCCCUCCAGCCUCACCUACACCCUGGUGCGGGAUUUCGCCUAUCCCAUUAUGCACCCGAUGCACUAUGGCCCCCCGCCAGAGCCAUCGCACCCUGCUUCCGGCCUUAGCACUCCCGCCAGCGAAUCGCGCCGCCUGUCCGACCCUCCCGCGGCUUGGGAGACAAAGAUGAGUUGGGAUACAGGAUCAUGGGGGCCUGACGGCUUUGGAAGGCAUGAUCUUCCAUCUGUCCAAUUUGCAGAUGGUCCCCCCUGGAGCGAGGACGAAGAUCUGGCAAGCCCGGUCGUCAGCUCUCGGCACCGUAAGCACAGGUCGUCUACGGCGGCCUUGGGGACCGGAAGAACAAGAAGCGAUCGCGAGUCAGGCGACAUUUUGAACCCAGUGCAAUACGAAAGAGAACGCGGUUACUAUGUUGGCACUAGCGGCGAUGGUAGCGAACGGUACUAUUUGAAUCAGGGAGGGGAAGCAAACGGGCCUGGCGGGGAAUAUGUCACCUACCCGCCUGACGACGCAAGACAUUCAAGCCACGCAUACCAAUUAGGCGAUUUACCCCCGCGGCAGUACGCUGAACAGGAGUACUCGGAUGCCUCGAGCUCCGCAUCAUCCCCUAGCUUUCGCGACGAAGACCAGUCUCGAUACUCGCGGGACUACCAAUUCACCAUCACAUCGCCUGAUGAGGAGAUGCAUGGCAAGGCCGUAGCGCUUUUUGAUUUUGAGAGAGAAAACGAAAAUGAGUUACCUUUGGUGGAGGGACAAAUUAUUUGGGUAUCUUAUCGACAUGGCCAAGGCUGGCUUGUGGCCGAAGAUCCCAAAACUCAAGAGAGUGGACUGGUGCCCGAAGAAUAUGUUCGUCUGCUGCGCGAUAUUGAAGGGGGUAUGAACAGCCUUACCGGCAACCUAGGCGAGGGCUCAACCUCACCAAACGAUGUCGGUACACCCACACAAGCUGAGCAUCUCACGUACGGCCACACCCCGACGGGAAGUCAAUCUUCGAAUGGAUACCAUCAACCCGUAGUUUCGACCUUCUCUACAUCUAGCAAAGAUUUAGACCCUUACCCAACACAACAACUGGGGAUCCAAGCCGGCCAGCCCCCGCCGCAAGUUGUUCACUACCACGGCCAGAGGGGUGGUAGCCAAGCCAACACACCUACCCUCACCUCUCACCACGAUGUCGGCAUAAUGCGACGAGGCAGCCAGGACACUACUGCAAAGAAGGGUGAAAAGGGCGAUUCUCAGACAGUUCCUCUGACGGAUGCGGCAGUCGAGGGUAAGAUGGUUGACCGGUCAAGUACACCGAAGGCGAAGACACCUAGCGAGAAACCUGCCGAACCCGAAGCCAUGGACACUGGCCGGUGA